GCCCCCAGCGCGCGCUGCAGCGCACCCGAACUCGAGAAGACAGCCAAUCGCCACGCGGGCCGGCGGUGAGCGGCGCUGCCAUUGGACGAACGGGGCGCUGGCGGCGGCAGCGGGUUGGGUUGCGCUGGGGCGUAUGUGUUGGCGGAGACGGCGGCGGCUGCAGCCCUCGGCGGGGCCGCCGCCAUGGACGCAGCUACUCUUACCUAUGACACUCUCAGGUUUGAAUAUGAAGACUUCCCUGAGACCAAAGAGCCUGUUUGGAUCCUAGGCCGGAAAUACAGUGUUUUUACAGAGAAAGAAGAGAUCCUGUUGGAUGUGACCUCUCGGCUUUGGUUCACCUACAGAAAGAACUUUCCUGCCAUUGGAGGAACCGGUCCCACAUCCGAUACAGGCUGGGGCUGUAUGUUGCGGUGUGGCCAGAUGAUCUUUGCUCAGGCCUUGGUCUGCAGGCAUUUGGGAAGAGACUGGAGGUGGAUAAAAGGCAAGAGGCAGACAGAUAAUUACUUCAGCGUUCUUAAUGCCUUCAUUGACAAAAAAGACAGCUACUACUCCAUUCACCAGAUAGCCCAGAUGGGAGUUGGAGAGGGGAAAUCCAUAGGUCAGUGGUAUGGACCAAACACAGUUGCACAAGUGCUCAAAAAACUUGCCACUUUUGAUACAUGGAGUUCACUGGCAGUACAUAUAGCCAUGGAUAACACUGUCGUGAUGGAAGAAAUCAGGCGGUUGUGCCAGUCCAACUUCUCCUGUGCUGGAGCUGCAGCAUGCCCUGCUGUGGAGGCAGACGUGCUCUAUAAUGGGUACCCAGAGGAAGUGGGGGUUAGAGAUAGGCUCUCACUGUGGAAACCAUUGGUGCUGCUGAUACCUCUCCGCCUUGGGCUCACAGAGAUCAAUGAAGCCUAUAUUGAAACACUAAAGCACUGCUUCAUGAUGCCCCAGUCCCUGGGAGUGAUCGGAGGUAAACCAAACAGUGCUCACUACUUCAUUGGUUAUGUAGGUGAGGAGCUCAUUUACCUGGAUCCCCACACUACACAGCCUGCAGUGGAACCCAGUGACAGUGGCUGUCUCCCCGAUGAAAGCUUCCACUGCCAGCACCCUCCCUGCAGAAUGAGCAUCGCUGAGCUUGAUCCCUCCAUUGCAGUGGGCUUCUUCUGCCACACAGAAGAGGACUUUAAUGAUUGGUGCCAGCAAAUCAAAAAGCUGUCCCUGGUAAGAGGAGCGCUGCCAAUGUUUGAACUGGUUGAACGCCAGCCAUCACACUUCUCCAACCCCGAUGUUCUGAAUCUCACACCAGACUCCUCCGAUGCCGACAGAUUGGAAAGGUUCUUUGACUCAGAAGAUGAAGACUUCGAGAUCUUAUCCCUUUGAAAACAAAUAGGAAACUGACUCUGCAAAUGUGUGUUAUGUGUGGGGAGAAGUGGGGGGAGGGAAGCUCCUUGGAGAGCCUGGGGCUACCGGUUUUCAUAGGUGCUUGCUGCCAUCCCCGCCUCUUGUCCAUCCUGGCAUUCUGUGCAGCCUCUGAGCGGAGCGUGCAUUGUCUGCGUUGGGAUGAAGAACCAAGUAGGUGUUGCAGCCUUACUGGCUGGAGUUGGGAUUUCUCAGCAGAAAACGCCUGCUGGAAGUGGAUGCAGUGGUGCCUAGGAGUUCAGAGCCUAUAUGUUACAUCAGCAGGUCAGCUGGCCUUCUUGGGGAGCCAUAGAAAUCUGUAGAGCGCUAAAUCCUUACACAGGGACUCCUCUCUGAAGCUUAAAUAGAGCCACUCCUCAUUUAGUAGGUGACAUGUACAGUUACUUCCUUUAGCAGCUUCUCUUCUCAGUGGCCAAUUUGGACUGCAGCUCACAAUGCAAAUUAACAGUAGACACGUCCCAGUGAGACAGCCGUGAAGUCCCCAGAGCGCAGGUGGCUCUGUUUCCUACAGUAAAACUCCUGUCCAUGCUUUGCAGUGCACAGCACUUUCUCACAGGUGUAGUAGCACUCUCCUGCUCACAUCUUGUCAAAAGGGAGCUGGGGUAACUUAUGAAUGACUGGUAAUUCGAUAAGCAAAAGGCUGUCUGGGAAAGUACAGACCUGUGCUGCUGGAGAGGAACACCAUAAUCUCAAGUCAAAGCAGGAGAGGAAGGAAAAUAGAAAAUGUACGUUCUCGCUGAGUGAGUUGGUAACCUGUGCUUCUACUAUGGAUUUAUGUCUAUACCAAGUAUCUUCAGGAAGGGUGCUCUGAGCAGAGAACUGGAAUCCACAGCCCUGGGGGGAAAAAGCUCACCACAGGGGAGAGGUGAAACAGGACAACUGAGAUCUGCCAGCCGCAUGCCUGCCUCUGCCCAUGCCCUAGUGUGCUGCCAUAGCAUCUAGUGAAUAAUUCUGUUGAAAUAAAACAGUGAGUUAUACGAUUCCUCGAGGUAUCCUCUGUGGGUUGUUGAGCAGUUCCUCCAGCUACUUCUGUUAGACAUUCCCUUUCUAAAUCAGAAAAGAUGCCUGAAGCUUGAGUAGGCUUCAUAGCUGCGUUGCUACCUUUCCAUUUGUUCUUCUAUGAGCUCCCCUAGCUGCAGAGUAUGCACAGGGCAAGGUACUGUAGGAGCUAACCCAUAGAAACCCAUUUCCAGUAGUUAUGCCAAAGAAGUCAGUAAAGACAGAAUGUCUUGAGAAGGAAGGUCCAACAUGAUACUGGAAGUUCUAGUUGCUUUAAGAUAACAGUUUUGCUGCACAAACAGAAUUUGGAGGAAGGUAAACCAUGGAGAAUUGGCUUAACGUAAACUGCAACAGAAUGUUGCUGAAGUAGUUUCCUUAGUGCAUGCUGCAGACUGCAGAUCUGUUUACAAGGUUUUUUUUGUACAUACAGGAUUGGAACCUGUCAGUUAAUGCUUUUGUGCCCAAGGGUGGUGACAGCUGGCUAGAAAUUACCCAUUCUCCUCCGUGACUGACCUACUGAUGCACUAACUGUCCCUAUGCUACCCAAAAGCAGAGGUUUGAACUGGGAACCACAAUGCUUCUGUCACUAAAUUAUUAUUUGCCUGCUUCUCCUCUUCUCUCUUGUAAUUAGGGGAAGAGGCAGCAGAGGAACUGGGGCUGUGCUCCAUUCAUCUGCUUUCAAUUUGUAUCUGAAUAAACAGAUCUAAAAUCUUUUGCCUUUCCUAAUGUUCUUGUACAUUAAUCUCAAGUAACGGUGGGUGGUAUUGAGUAACCCUGCAGUGGGGAGCAGUCCUGAAACAACAGCACUGUAUCAUUUUUAUGCUUUUAGGGCAAUGAAUGCAGACUGGGGCAAAAGCUGAAUUAUGUGCAACAGUGACUUCAAUCUUUCUUUUGGUGUAUCUGCUAGAAUAGAGGCUGGCUCUGUGGUACUGCCAUAAUGAUUGGUGUUCCUGUCCCAGAGAAUGAACAUCCACAGCGUGCCAGCAGAGACAAAGAAACACGUCCAUGGUUUGGUUCUGCUACUUACGUUUUGGGUUGUAUGAACACAACAACAAGGGAAGAAGAGAAAAAGGUAGUAAAAGGCUGUCCGUGCUUAGCAGUGCAGCAUCUCAUUGCUUCUAAAAAGCAUAAGCCCUUCCAAGACAGGACAUGCUUUUCUGGUGAGUCUCUGCCACGUGUUCAUUUGAGGUAAGCAGGGGAAAGAGCCAAGCAGAGAUUGAGAAGUUAAUAUUUCACAUUGGUAGAUGGAAAAUAAAAUCUGUUUCCUUUACAAUCAUAUGCUCACUGUUUAGCUAUUCAACUGCUAGUUUUCCAUAAUGUCUGUUUCUAAGAAGCCUUUCAGACACUGUGCUUGCAGUGGUAAACAUUACAAAAAUAGGUCUAAACUCAAUAACCAUUUUUCCCAUUUUGCCAUGCAGUGGCAGGAGACAGCAGUCGGAAGCAGGCGGCUUGUGCUGCCCUUAGCAGGUCCUUUUUGUUGAGGGCUAAUCACUUGGAAUAUAAUUCCCUCUUGGUUCGUACAAACUGCUGUCAAUAUUCAGCCAAGAGAUACUACUUGUUUUCUAUUGCUGAAGAUCUAGGGGAAUUCUUAACCUAAUACAGCAUAACCAGGUAUCAAACAGACACUGUCAUUUCAUGAAUUGGAGCCUUAUGGUAACAACUCAGACUAUUCUAAGAGGAUCACCAUAAAGUAAUAAUCAGAAUGGCACUGGAGGGAAUGGGGCACACUCAGAACUUGCAGCUGAUCUGGCUGGGCAGUGUGUGUGUGAGGCUGUUUAAACUGCACUUCAGUCUUUAUAGGAGUCACUUCUGACUCUUCUCUGAUCUUGGCCACGUGAGUAAACUCAGCCAGUCUAGGAGGAUUUGUAUACCACUCAGCCUUUGAAAUGUUCUAAGAGCUAACGUUUAUUUCACACUUACCUGUUAAAAGCAGUUCAGCCUCUGUAUUCUUGUUGUACAGCUUGGAAGCAGACUUGAAAUUCAUCUGUCCCUUCAUUCCACUGUUCUAGCAAACAUCUCUCCCUGGACUUAGGGCCUCCCGUAUAUCCUUCUAGAAGAUAAAUGAUCAUAUUGGAAAAAGACCCACACCUUAAGCUGUGGUACAAAAUGUUUAAAAGAAUAGUUUAUUACAAAAGCCUUUAUGAGCUGGAUUCAGUACAGGGAUGUAUUCUACGAAAGAGGCAGAAGAACCAGAAACAUGGUCAUUCCCCAGAACUUCAAAUAUGGGAAAGCUGUUCCCCACCUGCUGAAGCUGUCCACGUUUGUGGAAACUCAGCUUAGUAGCCACAUAUGCCCUACAGGUGUGCCCGUACAACAAAAGAGAUCUUACUUAAGGUAGGGAGGAAUUGUUUCAAAAAGAAUUGUUACAUGAUCGUUUAUAAAAAACUAACAAGCCCCUACAGCUAUGCAGAAUGGAAGAGGAGAAGCAGAGGAUGUUACAAGGACAAGCUUGACCCAUAAGAAUACAUUGUGACCUAAGAUGUAGUUACUGGAAGGUGACGUAGGGGUCAUCCAGCCAAGGAAGGUCCAAGAGGUGAGUCUUCCGUGAGAGAGAAUGACCUGUACUGUUUUAUUUCCAGAGUUCUCCCAAGGGUUUAUUCUUAACCUCCUGCAUGAUCUCCUCUGCAACGGUCUUGAUUUCUCUGUGCAAGUCUUCUAUGUUCUUUGAAGCAUCCAUUGUCUGUUUCCAAGACAAAAAAAAAAAAAGUGUAGAAACACGUUCCUCAAUUUCCAUGGAACUGGAAAAUCUAUUUUACCCAGGAACACACAUUUAACAAGCAGAUGUGGAGAAGAUGAAGGGAAACAAAAGACACCAGUGCUGCAUGUUUUUUGCUGACAGCCUUUGACCUUGAGCCAGGUAAACAUUCUUCACCAAGCACUGUAGUGCCCCAGAAACUUCAGUUUAUCAUCCCUCACAGGUUCUUCAAAAUGAACUCCACCCAGAAUAAGAAGAACCUCUCCAAAUCCAGUCCCUGUGAUCUUCCAGUUUUAAUUUGUUGUUUUGUGGGGUUUUUUUUGAACACUGCAGAUGGGUAGCAUGACGUGAUUCUGGCAUUCACUAAGCCUGAUGAUUAAGAAAUAGCAGCAUUGUUCCUGCGUGACUGGGGGAACUUCGGUCACAAAUGCGACAUCAUUUCAUGUGCUUUUAUCAGCAGAUUUUUUUCCACAAUAUUGUUUUAGAUAACUGGAUUUUUGCAGGUCACCAAAAAUCAACAUGAACUAGUGAGAGUUCUGUUUCCACGGCUUCACAAUUACUUACAACAAGUAACCAAGGAGAAGGAAGGACUUGGUUAAAAGAUGAAAGCAGGUGUAGAUUUAUCACAAUGACCUACGCCAUGCUGAACUACGCAGCAGACUGUGAAGCUAUGCAAUAAACAUACCUCGUAAUUAAA